GAGUAACCCGAGGACGUGGAUUGUGCGUAUGUUUUGAAUGAGUUGAAAUGAAUCAAAGAUCUGUAACAUCAGCUUUCUCAUUGUCCAUUCGCCUCUUGGUUGGUCCCUUCCUUCUCGCCUUUUUCUUUUUUCUCUCCACUCGACCUAAUUUUCCUUCCUUGGGCCUGCUUUCUUUUCUUCCUUCUCUCUUUUUCUCAUUUGUUCUUUCUUCUUUUCCUUUCUUCCUUCGCCUUCUCCCUACUCCUGUUGCCUCUCAACCCAACUGGUAUCCCUAUCGAUCUCCAGGUAAAAAAAACUUUUACUUAGCUUGCUCUAGAUGGCUCUCACUCGUAUGCUCAAUGACUAGUAUCUGCUAUACCAUAGAAUAUAAAAACACACAAUCAGCAUCACAUCAUGCCAACUCAUUCAUUCCCAGUACUUAACCAGCAAUUCAUUG